AUGAUCACCCAUUCAUCACACUGUCCCGGCAUCGCCGAACAGAGGAAGCGUCAUCAUCCGGUCCACGCGCCGGCUGUUAUCUCCAUAGCCGUGGUGAUCGUUCAGAGACCUGUUGGUCAUCCAGGUGUUCGUGAUAAAAGGGGGGUAGCCUCGGACUAUCCUGGCAUCAUUCGAACCACGGCCAAGUUUGUCUCAGUCCCAAACUCAACAGUCCAAGAUGCAUUUCCUCUGAUUUUGGAGACCCAAACAGCUGCUUUCCGCUAUGAGCUGGGUGACGGGCAUACCUACGACUUUGCCGAAGGCAUGUUCAACGAGCCUCUAGACGAAGAGCUCAAAAGCAUCUUCCCAACUGAGGCUGGUGGCUUCUCCUACUUCGAUCUUAACCCCGCUGCCACUCCAUCUCUGCAGGCCGUGGAUGACUUGGAGGGCUUUAUCGAAGCCGAAGGCCCGUUCGACGGAGUGAUCGCCUUCAGCCAAGGUAUCAUAGUGGCAUCCACAUUGAUCCUGCGCUGUAUCCAAGAGCAGAAGCCCCGACCCUUCAAGUGCGCUAUCUUCUUCUCCCCUCGGCUAGGAGCUAUGGAUUACGAGGAGUUCCAACAAAGUGGAAAGGUCAGGGAAAUUGACUUUGAGCAGCACCAGGGGAUAAUCACUGUGCCAACCGCGUUGAUUUGGGGCCGUCAUGAUCCUGACCGGGCUAAGGCCGCGGAACUGCAGAAAUUGGUUCCGCAGGAGCGUCUGUUCUGCUACGUGCACUCUGGUGGGCACGCGGUCCCUGGGGCGGGAGCUCACUAUGACCUGAUGAAGAGCGUUAAUGUGGCGCGGAGGGCGAUCGAGUUGGCAGCUGAGGGCGAUCAUUGA